AUGGCAGAAAAUUCUAAUAACCCAUAUGAUAUUAAUGGACAACAUUUUAAUCCUGAUAUGUACUUUCAAAAAUUAUUAAAAGAAUGUACUUUGAAACAAAUUAUGGAUCAUAAAGCAGAAAUUAUAAAAAAUACCCAAACAUUACACUCUGAUAUGCAAACAUUAGUAUAUGAAAAUUAUAAUAAAUUCAUAUCUGCUACAGACACCAUCAGGAAGAUGAAAACUGAUUUCAAAGAAAUGGAAGAAAGUAUGGACCUAUUGGCAAAAAACAUGGACAGUAUUACUUCUUUUUCAGAACAGAUUUCAUCAACAUUACAAGGAACAAGGCAACAAAUUUCCAAAUUAUCUUCAGUUCAUGCUCUCUUAAAAAAGUUGCAAUUUCUAUUCAAAUUGCCUAGUAACUUGAAAGAUAAAAUGAACGAAGAAAACUAUAGACAGGCGGUACAAGAUUAUAUUCAUGCACAAAGAGUAUUAAAUCAAUAUGGCAAUAUGCCUUCAUUUCAAGGAAUACAAAAAGACUGUGAAGAUAUUCUGGAGGAACUGAAAUCAAGAUUAAGGAUGCAGUUUCAUAAAAGAGAUGCAUCAACUAAAUCCUUAGCAGAAAAUGUAGAUCUUUUAUUACAGUUAAAAGAACCAGCUGACUCUUUGUGUGCUGAAUUUUUAACACAUGCAGAUGGAAGAUUAAUGGAACAAUUAGACAUUCUAAAAGAUAUGUGUGAAAAUGAUAUCAUAGAAUUUGUAGAUAUGGCUAGUUCUGGUUUUCUUAGUGACUUGUGUCUUAUUGUUGCAUCCUACAAUGAUAUGUUCAUAAACAGACCACCAGUAGAAGAUAACCAGUUCACAGAUGAUUUUGAUACAAAAGCUAUCGCACGUUUAAAUAAUUUUAUCAUGAGAAAUAUGAAAAAGUAUUUUGAUCUUAUUGGAAAGAGGGUAGAAAAUGUAGCCGAUACAGCAGUGUUAGUAAGAGCAUUGGAUAAAUUUCACAGGAGGCUACAGGCUAUGAAUAUGCUGUGCAAAGAAACAGACUUUGCAAGGAUAGGUACAGACAUUGUCGUCAACGCAGGUAGAAAACAAUGCCGUAAUCACUUGGACAGUUUAAAGUCUCACCUAAGUGAGGGACUCGUUAAAGUAAGACAAAUAUUGGCAACUAAAGUUUCACAAGAAGAAGAUGGUAGUUUAGCCGAGCUUCAAGCAUUACUUAUUAUGCCUACUAUUGAAAAAGUUAAAGGUGUCUUACAAGAUCUAUUGGUAUUUUUGCAACCGGAUUUGUCAUUCAAUUUAAAGACACAAUUUCUACAAGACUUUUGUGUGGACGAAGUUAGAGAAGGCCUAGUAGUUGGAUUUCUACAUCAUUUAAUGGCUACAGCAAGUGGAUUCUGUACUGGAUCCGAUAUUCCAAAGUUUCCACCUACUCUCCUACUCUUAUUGAGCAAAAUGUGUAUUGAAUACAAAGAGAACAACGUCAAGUAUUUGCUUACUACCACCAAUGAUUUGUUUAACAUCGAACAGUAUACAUCAGCUGCAAACGUAACAACUGACUCAGAGAUAUGCGAAAAGUUUCAAGAAGCGGCACAAAGUCUAUUAAACCAUUAUGUUCGUAUUCAAGGUUUAGCGGUAUCACAAAUGUUAAGAAUAUCCGUGGAGACAAGAGAUUGGUUACACACAAUCGAGCCAAGAACAGUUAGAUCUGUAAUGAAGAGAGUCGUAGAGGACAUAACAAAAAUUGAUACACAAGUUGCUGUUUUGUACGACGACUCGGACGGUCAAGUCGACAGAAGCAGCGACAGCAGUAGAAAAACACACAGCGUGAGUGUUUCGAGACAUCACUACAGAUCUAGCUGGUCAUCGUACACGCCCAGUCAUAUAGACUCUUCGUUGAUGACAAACAUUCACAAAUUAUUUUCUGAACGUAUAGAGAUAUUCUCGUCGGUUCAAUUUAACAAAGCCUCCAUUUUAACCGGGAUCAUCAAGAUCAGUUUAAAGACUUUUCUGGAAUGCGUCAGACUAAGAACUUUCAGUAAAUACGGUCUACAACAAAUUCAAGUCGACACUCAUUAUUUGCAACUAUAUUUAUGGAGAUUCGUCUCGGAUGAAAAUGUUGUUCAUUUUUUACUGGAUGAAAUACUUGGAAGCGCUGUACAUAGGUGUUUGGAACCAGUUUUAAUGGAGCCAAGUGUCGUGGAUAUUAUUUGUGAGAGAGCGAACAGCGAACCAUUAUCAAUGUUAAAUAUGCGAAUGACGUAGUAACAUUAUUGGGAUAUAUUGUACAGUCUUUAGUAUUGUUGCGUGUAAAGAUUAAAGAUAUUUAUUGAUUACUAUUAUUGUACAUUUCAUAAAUAAAUUUUCUAAAGAACUCCUGAAA